UGCACGCUUGGACAACAAUUGUGUCGUUUUUGUGUCUUGCUGACAUGUUGUGCGCGCUCCUCAUCCUCUGCCUCUCAGCAGCACGCCUUGAGAUUUACGCACACCCGCUGCGCUCCGAGUUCUCAGAGGAUGCCAUCCUGGUGGCCAACAACCGCAUCCACGUGCCGCUGGGCCGAAGCGUGUUUGUGGACCCGGUCAACGACCUGGUGGUACAGACACAGCCGGGUGACCGCUGCAGCGUGAUGGUUCUGGAGGAUGACCACCUGGCCCAGCGUCCUGGUCGCCUCUCGCCUGGGAAGUUCCCAUGUGACUUUGGCCCCAGGGAUGUCAUGUACACCCACUACGGGUCCAAGAGUGUGGCGCUAGACCGGGUGCGGCUGCAACUGCGCUACGAUGAGCACGCCGAGACUCUCGUCAUCCCCUUCGUGAUAGAGGUGGAGGUGGUCUUUACGCAGAUGGAGCUGCUCACUAGAAACAUGCCGUUGAGCGUAACCCACCUGAGGGGGACCAGCGAUGCCAUAGACCGCAAGAUCUUGGAUUUCACUUACGACCGGGAGGCUUACAAGUGCGGGGUGACGUUGGCGGGGGACAGCAAUCUGCCUCGCUAUGGGCGACUCCGAGACGGCGGGAAACUGACCCGGACGAUGGACUGCGACGAGUUAACACGGGCCGACAUCCGCUACGAGCACACGUUCCAAGGGGCGUCGCCACCAAACCAGGACCACGUCCCCAUGGUACUAGAGCUCCGGGAUGGAGAAGGCAAUACGGUGAAACGGGAGUAUUUCCACCUGACGGUUCGAAUCGUCAGGGGCCAGGAGAACACAGCACCCAAGCCCAGCUUGGUGGCCAUGAUGACGAUGGAGGUGAGUCAGUUCGCCAUGACGGCGCUGACACCCGAAGCGCUCGCUGCGGAUGAUGCCGAGUCAGACCCGAGAGAGUUGGUGUUCAACGUCACCUUGCCGCUGUCUUUAGAGGAGGGCUACAUUGUCAGCACGGAUGACCAGAACCUGCCCAUCACCUCCUUUUACCAGCAGGACCUGCAGGACCUCAAGAUCGCCUACAAGCCGCCCUCAUUGGAUGCCGAGAGAAUCUUCCAGUUAGAGUUUGAAGUCCUGGACCCAGAGGGGGCUGCGUCGGACCCUUUUGCAUUCAUCAUCGUAGUAAAACCCAUGAACUCGCUGGCACCGGUAGUGACCCACAACGCCGGUCAGCUGCUGUACGAGGGCCAGUCGCGCCCCCUGGUGACAGGUCACAACCUGGAGAUCGGCGACAAGGACAACUUGGAAGAGGUGAGCAUCACGGUAGUAGACGGAUUGCACCAUGGCGUCCUGCUGGUGUCGGGGGCCCGCGGGGACAGAUUCUCAGCCGCCGACCUGGCCGCCGGCGCCGUGGUGUACCAGCAUGACGGCAGUGACACGUACAGUGACAACGUGGUCUUUAAGAUGACGGAUGGCGAGCACCACGUGGAGUUCCUCUUCCCCAUCACCGUGGUGACCAUCGACGAUGAGCCACCCGUCGUGAAUGUCAACACCGGCCUGGUCCUGUUCGAGCACCAGAUGAUGUCCGUCUCGCCCCUCGCGCUCAGUGCCGCUGACAUCGACUCCGAGGACUCCACCGUUAAAUUUACCGUGGUCCCUCCGUUUUCCACCGUCGGCACUGUUCUAUUGAGGCAGUCCGACGCGCCGGAGGAUCCCUCCUCGUGGAAAUUCAACUCAGCAGACGAGGUCUAUGAGAAGGAGGUUCGGGAGUGGCUCCAGAAGGAUAUUACAGAUGGGAAGCUGUUCUACAAACACGUGGGGCCUCACAACGUCAAUAUGGACCUGUUGGUCUUCACGGUGCAGGACGACAACGAUCCUCCGAAUGAAUCAGGCCGAGCGACGUUUGUCAUCCGGGUGGUGCCCGUCGACAAUACCCAUUGGGACUCUGAAGACCGCAUAGCCAGCGAUGACCGUGGACAGGUACAGUCAAGCCUAUCUCGACGACCUGAACGUGUGCUUCGAGGAAGCUACCUCCAUCAAAGGCUUCAGCAUGGAAACCAAGACCACUAUGAAUCCUCCAAAAGGCUUCAUCUUUCCAUCCCGUCGUCGCACACCUAA